AUGAGAGCCAGGAUGAGAGUGGCGCUGCUGUUUCUGGCAGCGGCUGUUUGUGUGUCACACGCUCAGACCAACACCAGCAGCAACGACAACCGUCAGCAGCAGCAACAACAGCAACAACCACAGCAACAACAGCAGCAGCAGCAACGCAGCGUCUGGGAUGAGCCCAUCAGAUUCACCACCAAGACCAAAGACACCUGCACCAUGGUCGUGUCCGGAGCCGGGGACUAUACUCGCCUGCGCGUCUCCUGCAAAGGUCCGAGCCAGGGUCAGAACGCGGGACGCUCCUACUACUGCGACUUCCAGGGCAAACCAAACCUGUGCCGCGCCUACAACCUCAACCCUCGCCACUACUUCACCCAGAUGAUGUGGGACAUGAGAAAGCUGAGCCACGCCUGCCAGGGACCCAAAGUCUACCGCCAAGCCAUGUGCAAGAAAUACCCCGAAGAUGCCCAGAUGACCUUCUUGGCCGCUUGGCCCAAGACGACCACCCCCAAGCCCUCCAAGCCCGUUCAGGAGCCGCGUAAACCAGUGGUGCCGGCCCAGAGCAAGCCCGUCAGCACUCCUAAACCUGCCAAGCCCCAGCCACAGCCACAGCCCGUCAAACCACAGCCAGGCAAGACCACCCAGACCAAGAAAGUUAUCCCCAAGCCCGGGAAGACCACUACUCGUCCCACUGAGCAGAGCGAGUCCAAAGCCUCCCGCAUCGCUUCUGAGUACUGCUGGAAGAGCUUCCAGGGAGUCUGCACCUACUUCAUCAGCUGGUUCCAAAACUGA